AUGGCAUCCCCAAGUCAAACCAGCCCAAUCCGUAUCGGCCUCAUCGGCUGCGGGGAAAUCGCACAAGUAGCACAUAUCCCGACCAUAAACUUCCUUUCCACAAAGUUCACCUUAACCUAUCUCUGCGACAUAAACCCCAAAGCUCUCGCUUUCUGUGCUUCUCGUUGUUCUUCAGCGUCUCCUCCAAAGACUACCCAGGAUGCAAAAGAGCUCUGUGCUUCUGAAAAUGUAGAUGCGGUGUUAGUCUGUAGUUCUGAUGCGUAUCAUGUCGUCCACGGGGUUUACGCCUUGAAAAAUGGCAAGCAUGUAUUCAUUGAGAAACCGUUGGCACUUUGCCAGUUUGAUAUUCAGAUAUUGAAGAAAGUUGAGAGUACUAGUAAAGGAAGGGUAUUCGUCGGGUAUAUGAGACGGUAUGCUUCUGCCUUUUUGGACGCGGUUAAGGAACUUGGCGGGACAGAGGGGGUACAGUAUGUGAAGGUCAGAGAUAUAAUUUGCCCGAACAGCAUAUUCAUCAAUCAAUCGGGAACUUUCCCUCAGAAAUUCGAUGGCAUCUCCGAAGAGGAAAAGCAGGCAUUUUCGGAGAGAGAGGACCAAGUAACCCAUGAAGCCUUAGUAGUAGAUAUGGGUCUUGCCAUUACUGAAAAGCGGAAGACGAUGCUACGGCUCUUGGGAGGCCUCGGUUCACACGAUCUCUCCGCUAUGCGAGAGCUACUCGGUAUGCCAAGGGGUGUUCUAGGCGCCCGCCUUUCCCCCACAAUGUGGACAGUUCUAUUCGACUACCCAAACUUCGCCGUGACCUACGAGUCUGGUUUCAAUAAUAUUCCCCUCUUCGACGCUUCAAUCGAAAUAUUCACAGAAGAUAAAGUUGUGACGGUAAAAUACGACACACCUUACGUGAAGGGGCUACCUACGACUAUAGUCGUUCGGGAAAAGGCUGGUGAUGGGACUGCAUACCAAGAAAGGGUCCUGAGAACUAGUUAUGAGGAUCCGUAUACCAAGCAGAUGGGGGAGUGGUGGGAGUGUAUUGUUAAUGGGAAGGAGCCAAAGACGACUAUUGAUGAUGCAGCUCUGGAAUUGGACCUUUUCAAGAUGAUAUUGAGGGCAGCUGAUUAG